AUGGCCGUUGGCGCUGGUGCGGGCCAAAGCCAAUUUCAGAGUCUUGGUUUCUUCACUGGCUUCCCUGAACCAGUCAUGUUCAACGCACACAAGUCACAACGGCAUCGACGGAAGUCGACCGCAGGGCUUGAGCACGUCAAGCACCGCCGGACGAGAUCGGGCUGCUAUACAUGCAGGAGCCGACGAAUCAAGUGCGACGAGAGCCGGCCGAUGUGUGAGCGAUGCAAAAAGGGGAAAAGAGACUGUGUCUACCCCGAGCCGGCAUCCAAGCAGGCAAGUGGAGGUCAGUCCAAGGAAACGCCCAGCACGAGCAGGCAGGCCAGUCCUGCCACAUCCCACGGCGAGGAUGAAGACGACGGCGAACAAGACAGCAAGCUCGACACGAUUGUCGACGACGGUGAAGCAGAGGAGGCAGCAGGCGAAACAGCAGACUCGGACAUGGAAGGCCAAGCACGGCAGCCCAUGGCCAGUUCUGGAACCAGACAACGGCCGCUGCCAAGGCGGUCGAGCACGGCCUCAUCACUGGCCAUGCAACGGAUGAUGGCUACGUCAGCAACAUCAGUCCCAGGAGACUGGGACCGCGACACGCGAAAUAGGUCAGAGACACCGUCACAGGACGGGAAGAGCCCGUCUCCGGCAUACUCGGUCUGCACCUCGGGCAGCUUCACGCCCAUCACCCUCACGCCAGUCCUGCCCGACGGGCUUGGGCCGCUGGCGCUGGGAGCCUUUGGGCCGGGAACGGCGACUGGCACAGCGGCACCUUCUGGAGUACCGGUGGCCGACUGGAGUGGUCUGCCGCAAGACAUACAGUUCUACCUGGGUUACUUCUGCGAGAACAUCACCAACUUCCACUACUGCCUUGCCACCGACGCCGAGAACUUCUUCCACGCAGUGUUGCCCGUGUUGGCCAUGAGGAACGAGUCCCUGCUCUAUGCGGUUGUUGCCUUUGCCGCAUACCACCAUAUGCAGCGCGACCCGACGGCAAACAUGCAGAAGUUUCUCUUCUACUACGACCGCAGCGUGAAGCUGCUUCUCAGCUUCCUGAAGCGAAAGGAAAGGCAUAACCUCGGCACGCUGUUGACAAUUUUGCAGCUGGCAACGAUAGAGGAAUAUUUGGGAGACUGGGUCAACCUGAUGGGUCACCAGAGAGCAGCCCUGGAGGUGCUUACGCAGCUCUUCACGCCCGAGACGGCCAUGAGCAGCCCGACCAGCCGAGCGAUACUUCAUUGGUAUGCACGAUUCGACGUCUUCGUUGGGCUUCGGGGCGGAUUCGAGACGGCUCUACCGCGUGCCUGGUUUGCGGUACCGACCGACUUCUACAAGGCACAGGGGACCAGCGAGCCGGACAACUUGGGAUGGAAGAUGGAGGAGUGGUCGGCCAAGCUACGACUGAUCUCGUGGGAGAUGUCUGUCUUGGUGGCGCGACGCAAUGGCCGAGAAAAGCAGGACCAGCUCCAGGAGGCCGAGGUGCAGCAGCAAAAGAUGGCCUUCUUCCAGGAGCACAUGCGCAUUCUGGGGGCACUGCACGAAUGGAAGGCCGGCCUGGACGUCAUCCUCCGCGAUGCGGCCGAGAACGGCGAGAAGACGGACCAGAAGGGACAGCCGGGACAACACACACUGCUGGUGACAGACUUCCAGCACGCACAGCCGCUGGGCGAAGACGACAUUAUCAACCCGUACCAGGUCGGCCUUCUGUUUUACCCGCCGCUCUUCGCAGGCACGCUCAUGACGUGCGAGUGGCAAUCGAUUGUGCUCAUGCACGAGAUGCAAGCUGCCCAGAUGGCUACGGCUGCAGGAGGAAAUCCAGGCGGAGGCCUGAGCGGUUUAGCCGAAGAAGGGCUGGCAGACGGCGCAGAAGGGCUGGCAGAGGACAACAGCAGCCGGAGCAGCAGCAGCAGCAGGGUCGCAAUAGAUUCUGGCGAGCAGCCUGCAGCAGCUCUGGCCCGACUUGCCCAGCUGGCAUUCGGGGCCUGCCAGAUCUUUGAGACAGUGGAACGCUGGCCAGCAAGUCCGCCUGGGGUCGUGAUCGCCCUGCAGGCUUCAGUGGCCAUUGCGGCACUGUUCCUUCCGCGAGACAGCCGGCAUCGGAUGUGGAUUCGACGAAAGUUUGCGCUGAUUGAGUCCAUGGGUUAUAUAUUCCCGCCGACAAUGCGCACGCGCAUGGCCGAGCUGCUGCAAGACGCAGCAUGCGCGCACUGGUGGCUGCCGGACGACGAAGGAUUCAGCCCUCUGCUGCAGAGUAUUCGUGCGUUUGCAGACGAGCGCAGUCUGACGGCGGUGGCGGCUCCGAUCGAGAACCUACGCGAGAUCCGGCAUGUCUUUACCAAGAUGCAGCUUGUGGGCAAUGGCGGUGGGUCAGUACCAGAAGCCGGCACAGCCGGACAGCCGGACGACAGUUCUCCGACAGGGGACUCUGACAGCAGCUUCGGAAAUAUGCGACACGACAAGGGGAAGGGAGUCAGGUGGUGA